CAUUAUCAAAAGCAUAAACAAAAAACAACACAGCACCAGUGUUAUGUUGACGGGUCAUUGAGUGUGUCAGAAUUUGCAAUUCCACAACACAAGAACCCAUUUUGUAGAGAGAGAAAAAAAUGUUACUUUUUGUGUCACAUUGAAAGAGAGAGAAAAUGGGGUAAGGAAGGUUUUUGCAUUAUCAGUGUUAUCACAGCUAGUAGUGAAGCUGACAUUGCCAGAUUUCCUGGUUUUGUGGUGUUAAUGAUGCAAUAGAGAUCAAAGUUUUAUGCUUUUUGUGAUUUUAUUCAAGCCCAUUUCAUUUUUUUUGAUGAUUUUCACUUUGGGUGUUGAUUUUUACUUGCUGUCCUGUUUUUGAAUUGUUUAAGCUGCUGGAACAUAAAAUUCUAUUUGUUACAAGAAGAUAUUGGAGCUGUGUCUAAUUGAGCAGGUAAAAGAAGAGGAGAUCUAUAUACUGAUAGCAAGGCCUGGAUUCAUUAUCAGGACUUUGCAGUCUUGCAAAAUCCAAACCAGCUUUGCUGUUGUUAUUUGCUGGGGUUAUGGCAACCAUGUUGCAUUCUGACUCCAGGCGCUUAUAUUCUUGGUGGUGGGAUAGUCACAUUAGCCCAAAAAAUUCAAAAUGGCUUCAGGAAAAUCUUACAGACAUGGAUGCAAAAGUCAAAGCAAUGAUCAAGCUUAUUGAAGAGGAUGCAGACUCCUUUGCAAGAAGGGCGGAGAUGUACUAUAAGAAGAGGCCAGAACUCAUGAAAUUAGUUGAGGAGUUCUACCGAGCAUACCGUGCAUUAGCAGAGAGAUAUAAUCAUGCAACAGGAGAGCUACGUCAAGCCCAUAGAACCAUGGCAGAAGCAUUUCCCAACCAAGAACAUUUUCUGCUGACUGAUGGUUCACCGUGUAGUUCUUCAGGCCCUGAGGCUGAGCCACGCACACCCGAAAUGCUACAUCCUAUUCGUGCAUUCUUGGAGCAAGUUGAUGUACAGAAAGAUGCGUUGGGUUUAAGCAGAAAGGGUCUAAAGCAGCUGAAUGAGAUCUUUGAGUUUUCUCAGUUAUCAGCUGAAAAACAGGAUGAGAACAUCCAGAACCAUUCUGAGUCUGAGCAUGGGGGGAAAGCAGAGAUUGAACUCGAAGCCUUAAGGAAAACUCUGGCAGAUAUACAGUGUGACAAGGAGUCUAUCCUUCUUCAGUAUCAGAAGAGUCUAGAGAGUUUAUCUGAAAAGGAAAAAGAGCUUAAUAAGGCACAAAACAUUGCUGAAGGUCUUGAUGAACGAGCAAGCAAAGCAGAAAUUGAAAUCGGAAUAUUGAAGGAAGCUCUAGCAGAGCUAAAAUCUGAGAUGGAUACAGGUCUAGUUCAAUACAACCAGUGUCUGGAAAGGAUAGCUAGCCUUGAAGCUAAGUUAUCUUUGGCUCAACUGGAUGCAAAGGGGCAUGAUGAGAGGGCUGCUAAAGCAGAAACUGAAGCAAAAAGCCUCAAGCAAGAACUCGCCAGGCUCGAAGCUGAUAAGGAUGCUGGUCUUCUUCGGUAUGAAAUAUCUGUUGAAAAGAUAUCUGUUUUGGAGUCCAAGGUUAACCUUGCAGAGGAGAAUUCCAGGAUGCUGACUGAGCAAAUUGAAAGAGCAGAGUCUGAAGUUAAAGCGUUGAUGGAAAAAGUUUCGGAAUUGAAUGAUGAGAAAGAAGCUGUAUCUAUCCUGUACAGGCAGUCCUUGCAGAAAAUAUCUUCAAUGGAGAGUGAAAUUUUGCAUGCCCGUGAAACUUCUGAACUGUUGAAGAGAGAAAUUGAGCUAGGCACUGAAAAAAUAAAGACUGCAGAAAAACAUUGUGACACGUUGGAGAAAUCAAAUCAAUCUCUUCAACUAGAGGCUGACGAUCUGGUGCAGAAGAUUUCUUUAAAAGAUCGAGAGCUUCUAGAGAAGCAUAAUGAGUUUGAGAGGCUGCAGAAUCUGAUGCACGAAGAAAAUUCUCGCUUCCUUCAAAUUGAAUCUACUCUGCAGACUCUGCAAAACUCGUACUCUCAGUCACAAGAGGAGCAAAGGUCUCUUGCUUUGGAGCUUAAACACGGGCUUCAGCUGUUGGAGGACCUGGAACUUUCCAAAAAGGGUUUCAAAGAAGAAAUGCAACAUAUUGUGGAAGAAAACAAGACUUUGCAUGUGCUUAAUUUCUCUUCCACUAGGACCUUAAAAGAUCAGCAAAUGGAAAUUUCCAAGUUGAAGGAGAUCAAAGAGAAUCUGGAACGAGAAUUUGUCGUAAAAGUUGAAGAAAGUAAUCACCUCCUACAUGAAUCUCAUCAAAUAAAGGAUGAGAUCAAGGGCUUGAAUAAUAGAUACCAGGAUAUACUGGAAGAUCUAGAGUCUGUAGGUUUGAAUCCUAAAUGUUUUGCAGCAUCUGUGAUGGAUUUACAAAAGGAGAACUCAAAACUAAAGGAGGUGUGCAAAGUCGAGCAAGAUGAGAAAGAAGCUCUUCGUGAAAAGUCGAAGGAUAUGGAUAAACUUUUGAGUGAAAAGGCCUUUAUGCAAUGUUCCCUAUCAAGUUUGAAUGAUGAGCUAGAUGGAGUAAGAGAUACAAUGAAGAAAUUUCAAGAGUCAUGCCAUGUUCUGAAGGAAGAAAAAUCCACUCUUGUUGGUGAGAAAUCAGCUUUAUUGUCGCAAUUGCAAAUUAUCACCGAAAGUAUGCAGAAGUUAUUGGAGAAGAACGCCUUGCUGGAGAAGUCUCUGUCUGAUUCAAAGAUUGAGCUUGAAGGUUUAAGGGCUAAAUCAAGUAGCUUGGAAGAAUUCUGCAAUUUGCUGAACAAUGAGAAGUGCAGUCUUCUUAACGAAAGGAGCAUCCUGGUAUCUCAAUUGGGGAGUGUCGAAGAGAAACUAAGUAACCUAGAAAAAAGGUUUACUAAAUUGGAGGAAAAAUAUUCUUAUAUGGAGAAAGACAAAGAAAGCAAAGUCAAUCAAGUGGAAGAACUUCAUGCUUUGCUUUCGGCACAGAAACAAAAGCAUGCCAAUCACAAACACUCAAGUGAAUCCCGAUUGGCAAAUUUGGAGAAUCUUGUUCUUCGGCUUCAAGAAGAGCGUCAGUUGGGGAAGGUAGAAUUUGAAGAAGAACUUGAUAAAGCUGUAAAUGCUCAAGUAGAGAUGUUUAUUUUGCAAAAAUGUAUGGAAGACUUGGAGCAAAAGAACUCAGGCUUACUAUUUGAAUGUCAAAAACAUAUCGAGGCAUCAAAAUUUUCUGAGGAAGUUAUUUCCGAGUUGGAGGGUGAAAACCUUAUGCAACAGAUGGAGGUAGAUUUCUUGCUCGAUGAAAUUAGAAAAUUCAAAAUAGGGAUUCAUCAAGUGUUAGCGGCUCUUCAGGUCGAUUCAGACAGGAGACACGACAAAGGGUUCAAGCAAGAGGAAAUCUCUAUAUCGCAUAUUUUGAAUAAUAUUGAGGGCUUGAAAGGUUCUCUUGCAAAAACACAGGAAGAGAAGCUGCAGCUACUUGUAGAGAAUUCUGUCCUCCUCACAGUUAUUUCGCAGGAAGAAUCUGAAGGAAAAGAACUGGAUUCCAAGAAAAGGCACCUUGAGCAUGAGUUUCAAAACACAAGAGAGCAGAAUGUGAUGUUGCAGAAAGUUAAGUUUGAACUACUGGAAAUGAACAGGCAACUGGGGUCUGAACUGACCGAGGGGGAAGAGAGGGAGGACGCGUUGAAAUCUGAAAUGGAGGUUCUUCGUAUGAAAUUGGUAGAUUUGCAGAACACAAAUCUUAUGUUUCAGGAGGAAAAUCGCAAGGUGCUUGAGGAGAAAAAUUUGCUAAUUAGGAGUGUUUCAGAGCUCAAAGAAGCAAAGUCUGCUGCUGAAGAUGAGAGCAGUGUGAUGUUCCAUGAGGCGCUGAAUCUGAAAAGCCUUAGUUUGGUUUACGAGAGCUUUUUCAUUGAGAAGGUAUUGGAACAAAAGGAACUUGCCGAGCAUCUGAGUGAUCUUCACCGUACGAAUAAUAACCUCAAACAGGAGCUUGGUCUGUUAAGGGAACAGUUUGAGGCGAAAGAAGCAGAGAAUGUUUAUCUGAAGGAGUCGGUUAGGACAAUGGACAAAGAUCUGCAGGAAGCCAAACAUGCAAAUGACAAUUUAAGUCAUCGGAUUCAAAGUUCAGAGGAUCAUCUUGAAAAGAAGAAAACAGAACUUUUAGAAAAAGAGGAAAAGCUAAAGGCCGUGGAAAUGUUGAACGCAGAGUUUUGCAGAAAUGUUGAAAAACUGAAAAUGGAACAACAAGAGUCAAGCCUGAUCAAUGAAAAUCUCGAGAGACAGAUUCUUGAAUUAUCAGAAGGUUGUAUGAAUCACAAAAAAGAAAUUGAACUCCUCAAUGAAGCAAAUAGAAGUAUUAUGUCAGAGAUGAGAUUAUUACACCAGGAAGUGGAACAACAGAAGGCUAGAGAAGAAACAUUGAGUUCAGAACUGAUGGAUAAAACAAAUGAAUUUCAACUUUGGGAGGCUGAGGCUGCUACGUUCUAUUUUGAUCUUCAAAUUUCAUCCAUUAGUGAAGCAUUGUUGGAAAAUAAGGUGAAUGAGCUUACCGGAGUUUGUACGAGACUUCAAGGUGAGAGUGCUGCAAAGAGCUCAAAGAUUGAAAAAAUGACAGAAAGAGUCGGUCUUCUGGAAAGUGAAAUUGGAGGACUGAAGGGUCAUUUGUCUGCUUAUGUUCCAGUCAUUAGUUCUUUGAAAGAGGAUUUCGCUUCCUUAGAGCACACCAUCCUUCAAUCAAAUAAAGCUUCGGCUGUAUGCAAUCAGGAACAAAAGGAUUAUGUAAUUGAAACAUGUCUUGGAGAAAACAUCAAUCCAAGUGUAAUAGAAAAUAAUUUGAUGUUGGACGGCGUUUCGGAUUUGAUAGGCAUGAAGGCGAGGAUUAGAGUAGUUGAAAGGUGCAUGGUGGAAGAAAUUGAAAGACGUGUCAAGGAGGAAAAUCUGUCCUCUAAAGCCAAUCCACAAAAAGACUACAGAAAAGUAGAGAAGCAACUCAAAGAUGAGAACAUGUUCGAUCUCAACACAUGGAGAACAAAAUCCCAAAAUGGAUCGCUGAUGAAAGAUAUUCCUCUUGAUCAAAUAUCAGACAAUCCAGCCUCCAAGAAUUGCAGGAGAAAGAAUAGAGGGACUGACGAUGGGAUGCUUGAAUUAUGGGAAACCGCUGAACAGGAUUGCUUUGAUGACGGUUUGAUGGUUGGUGAAGCAAUGAAAAGGAGUUCUGAUCCAACCGAAGACGUUAUUAUGUGCCAUCAGUCGGAUAAUUCAGGAAGAUGCCUGAACACCUCUUCAGAAUUGGAGGCAGAAAAGGAAUUGGGUGUUGACAAGCUUCAUCUGUCGAAAAGCAUAAAAGACAGAACUCAAGAUGGCAAGAGAAGAAAAAUAUUGGAGAGGCUUGCAUCGGAUGCACAGAAACUGUCAACUCUUAAUAUGAGUGUGCAAGAUUUGAAAAUGAAAAUGGAGACAAAGAAGAGAGGCAACAAGAAGGGAGUCGACACCGAAUACGAAACGGUUAAAAGACAGAUAGAAGACGUUGAAGGAGCUGUUGUGAAAUUAGCAGAUACUAAUGAUCAACUGACAAAGGAGAUCAAAGAGAGUGUUCCGUCUUCAAGCAGGGAGACUUCGGUGGAGUUGGAAAAGAGUAGACAGAUGCAAAGAAAAAGAGUGAUAGAGCAGGCGCGAAAAGGUUCGGAAGAGAUAGGACGGUUGCAGUUCGAGAUGCAGAACAUCCACUAUGUUUUGCUGAAAUUGAGUGAUGAAAAGAAAAACAAAGGGAAGAACAAAUUCUCUGGAAAAACAGUGGUGUUUCUAAGGGAUUUUAUUCACAUCGGAAACAAGAGUAGUAGCAGCAAAAGGCGCAGCAAAGGGUGCUUCGGCGGAACCUCAAAGACAACUAAUGAAGACUAAGAAAAUCUUGUCGCUCACUAUGUUGUAAAGUGCUUCUUAGUUUGGAUGUUUUUAUUUUAAUCUAGCUUAUCAGUUCUUAAUUUUAGCUUGUCAAAAUGGGAGGUUAGUUUAUUUAUCUAUCUUUUAGCUUUCAGAAAGACUUGUAAUGAGUGACAUUUUAGCUGAGUAGUGUAUGACACUCUUAUGAAAGCAUGGAUCAGAAAAUAAGUUAGUUUUUCUUCAGUAUUUAUUCUCAUCUUGAGAUGGAAACUUUGGCUCAGAAUUAUUAUGCUGGCAGACAUCUUGAUUCUAUAGGAGAAUAACCACGCUUUUAUA